AGGCCGGAGCUGCCACCAAGAUCAAGACUCGGUGCCUCCUUCAAGAACUCCUGGGCCAAGGAGCCGGUGCUAGUUGUGUCCUUUACCAUUGGGGGCCUUAGUGUAAUUCUGCCCUCCUUCAGCCCCUACACUAAGCAUGCCGCCAUGAUUAACCAGGUCACACCUUACACUACCCACAACUACCCUGUCCCAGUCUGAGAUUAUGGGAACAUGCCCAACCACCCCCAGGGUCUAAACCUGCAGUGGCUGAAGAAACUGAGUAACUCCACUGAGAAGCUGACAGGACCCCACCCCAACUCUCCCCAGGUUCCCUGCUGCCCUGGGUAUGCUCGUAGCCUGGCUCCUGCCCAUCACACCAUCAGGCGGAGGCCCCUGCAGGCCCACACGUGCUGA